ACUCCCCCACCCCCAUCCCCUUUGUUUGUUGCUGUUGAGGCAUGUUCUGGACCGGCAUGGGUUGAAGCGGCAAAAAUUUUGGCGAACCAUCAAUAUCCGCACCAGACCAGAUCCUUUCCGAUUGUGAGUGAUGGAGGCGUAUACCGAAGAAACUCAAGAAAGCACCCAGCAGUGCUCGGAAAGUGGGUAUGAAACACAAUCCCAGACCGAGAGUGAGCCCCAUUUUUGGGGGCGCCUUUACCCUCUCAAGGCGUCACUCGACGCUGUAGAUCUAAUCCUUGACAAGUACACGUUUGGACAAGGAAAUGACGUGGACGUUGCUCUCUGCCGGGAGCAAAUCCCAGAAGGAGUGUUAAAGAAUUGUAGCAAGAAACACUUCUACAUAGAGCGGCAACAAGUGAAUAUCAUGGGCGCUCCUGCCACCAGAGUGGUGCUCAUAGACACGAGUUCGAAUGGGACUUACAUUAAUGGGCACAUGCUGAAAAAAAAGAAGGAGGGAGUACUUAAAAAGAAGAUUUUAGCUACAAAUGAUGUGAUUGGCUUUCCUUCUGUGGGAAAGCCUGCUCGUGCCUAUGAAGCUUAUGUGUUUGUGGAUGCGCUUAUGCCCCAGAGCACAACCAUCCCACAUUCCGUUAGAAAAAAAUAUCAUAUCUCUUUUCGCCUUGGAGCUGGCACAUUUGGUGAGGUUUCUCUUGUCUUCAACAAGGUCAGCAAACGACCAUUUGCAUUGAAAACAAUCACCAAAGAUAUGCAUUCCACUGGAGCUGUUCUCAAUUCAUGCAAAAAAAAAUUGUUAAAUGAGUUGGAUAUUCUUCAAACUGUUAAUCAUCCUAAUGUUAUCAAGUUAAUGGAUGUUCUUGACUGCAAGAUGGAGCAGUUUUUAAUAUUAGAGUACAUGGAAGGCAAAGAUUUAUCUCAUAAAAUACAUGACUGUCAAAGAUUGAAAGAGGAUACUGCUAAACUGUACUUCUACCAAAUUUCAUGUGGUGUCGAGUAUUUGCAUAGCAGGGGCAUUAUCCAUCGGGAUCUCAAGCCAGCAAACAUUUUAUUGGCUACCUCAAGCGAUGAAACACUGGUUAAACUGACGGACUUUGGUCUCUCUAAAGUUCUUUCAUCAUUCACCAUGAUGAAGACUCUUUGUGGGACCAAAAUGUACGUUGCGCCUGAGAUCGUAUUUGGAGGAGGGUCUUUUGAGUACACAAAACAAGUCGACAUUUGGAGCUUGGGUGUAAUUUUAUACGUUUGUUUGUCUGGGAUAGAGCCAUUCUGCUCAGAACCCGAAAAUAUUCAGGAAUUAAUAAAGGAGGCGAUCUACACAGUGCCCUCUACCAUAUGGGAUCCUGUUUCAAAAGAUGCAAAGUCUCUCAUCGACAGGAUGCUGAUGGAGGAUCCUGAAGAAAGAAUAAAAAUCAGUGAAAUUCUGAAUGAGAGAUGGUUUCAGGACGAUUGCAAUAUGUUAGCCAAAGCACAUGCACUCUGCAAUGAUGAGCUUUCGGAAACAAUUACAAUGAGCUCUUUUAAUUCAUUGGAAAAUCAAAGUGUUGUUCUGAACUCCAGUUGUGAUGUUACCCUAAGCCCUCCACAGAAGAGAUUGAGGGGUGAUUACACCCUGAACACUAGUACUGAUACAGGCACUAUCAGUGCCUCAAAGUGGUAAUGCCAUAAUUAAGUGCCUUGUGAUGUGUGUGCAUGAUGUGAAUUUCCUUUCAUUUCUCUUGCCAUGAAGCUUUUGUGUUUAUGUCUCUUAAUUCGUCGUACAAAUAGAACUGACAGUAUUAUUUGUUUACUUUCAAAGUUUAUUUCAAACUUUGUUACCAUUAUUUAGAAGUAAAAUAAAACUAUGGUUAUUUUCACUGUUUGAUAAA